AUGGGCGUACGCAGAUCUACGUCACGUGCUAAUGCAUCUGAACGGCCGCAAAUCUUUGAAACGCAACUACUUACGCCCAUAUCCUGUUCUGAUCGAAGCCACCGCAUCUGCCGUCUGUCUAAUGGUAUUCUGGUAAUACUUGUGUCGGAUCCCCGUGAGUCGUAUGCGUCGUGCGCCCUUUCUGUCGCAACCGGAUCCCAUAAUGACCCUGAAAGUGUUGCUGGAUUGGCGCAUCUCUGUGAGCAUACCAUAGUUUCUGGUGGGUCAAAGCGGUUUCCUGAUCCUGACGUAUACCACAACGUCAUUUCGAGAAGUGGUGGAUCGCAUAACGCGUUCACGACAGGUGAACAGACAACCUUUUUCUUUGAAUUGCCGGCGAUGAGCAUCGCAGAUCAGCUCGUUUUCGAUCAAUCGCUUGAAGUUUUUGCCUGCUCCUUCAGGGCCCCAUUAUUUCGAAAUAAUGUAAUUGAUAAGGAGAUAUUUUCAAUCGAAAGCGAGCAUACUGCAAAUCUCGCUUCUACAAAUAAGGUGCUAUAUCAGGUAACACGUCAUCUGGCCUGUCCUUCUCACCCAUUCAGUCGCUUUUGCACGGGAAAUGCAACGACACUCACGGAGACGUCAGCAUUUAGAACGCGAGGCAUGAGAGCUCGUCUCGUUAACUACUUUAAAUCUAAUUAUACUCCAGACAAUAUGGCAUUGGCUUUGCGCGGGCCGCAGUCAUUGAAUACCUUGGCUAAACUGGCCACAACCCAUUUUGGUGAUUUUCCAACUACGUUUUCACAAGAUGGACUAUUGAUGAACGACUCGCGCAUAGCAGGCAUUGGCACUUCGAUUCUCUGUGAAAACUCCAGGAAAAUCAAACGACGGUGGCUUGAAAAAUACAGUGUGGCUAGCCCUUUCUCGGAUGGUCCACUGAAUUCAAUUUUUGUACAGCUGCCAAAGGCUCCCGUGUUGAGACUUAUUUUCCCAGUAAACAUAGUGUCUUCUAAUUUUUCUGAAAAAGAUAUCCGUCUUUAUUCCAUUUUCUGGCGCGAACUAUUAGGCGAUGAGGGCGAAGGUUCCUUUGGGGAUUAUCUCAAACGUAGCGGCUAUGUCACUUCUAUUUUCUCUUCUAUCUCUCAUUUUUGUACUGGCAGCGACGGUCUCAUUUUGCAUCUUGAUUUAACGAACAUGGGAUGGGUUAACGCUGACAAGAUUGUUUCAGUAUUUUUCCACACGUUCCUCUCGUUAAUUUUAACUGAUACUGAAUCGCUAGCUAUUUAUCUCAGUGACUUAGUCACCAGUGACCUGCUCAGCUUUCUCUAUCAAGAUCUGGAAAACUCACCUAUGGAAAUGUGUUCAAUCUUAAGCAGUCGCCUGCUAUCAGAUACUGAAUUCCUUAAUCCCAUUCUUCUAUUGAAAGGUUCUCCAUUGCCUGAUUUCCUAGAUAAAACUUGGCAAUCUGACAGUUUUCAGGAUGUGCAAGAAAGCAGAGCUUGGUGGAUUAAAGAAGCGCAAAAAUUCCAACGAUUUAUCGAGGAUUAUGUCAAUCAUCUAAAUUCAAAACUGAUUUUAUUAGGGGACUUGUCUAAAUGUCCAUUAGCAAACUUGGCACAAUUUUCAAUGGAAACCGAUCUGUACUACCAAUUCGAAUACUGCAAGGCCAGAGUUGAUAUCACUCGUACAGAAAACAAGAUGUGUUCUUCUCAGUUUGACUUCUUCAUUCGAAAGGAAAAUCCAUUCAUACCGUCGGCUGGGAGGGACUUGAAUUUGAUUAAACACGCACUCGUUUUAUCAGCCGCUCGGUCUAUGGCGGCACCCUUAUCUUUGUUAUUGCAGAGUGACAUGAUUCAAGACACUCCACGUCUUGUAGGUAAAAAUUCAAACUACGAGUUUUGGCUGAAGGAGGAGUUUGAUCUUUACUUCAAAUCAAGGACCAUUGUUACUUUUGAAUUGAUCAGUACUUGUUUGGAAUCAUUGCCGAUGAACACCAUGCAUUUGGAAGUAUUAGCGCAAUUGUUGUUUGAUUCUUUAUCAGCAGUACUAUACCCUUCAGAAGCGCUUGGCUAUACUUAUGAAAUAUCAGCGUCUAGUAGAGGGGAUGUUAGAUUGAGUUUCACUAUAUCAGGAUUUCCUGAAGGCGUGUACAUUAUUAUUGCCCUGUUUAUAGAAGAAAUUGUUAAGCUCGCCGAUCAAAACGAUAUCAAACCGUCGAUAUUCCGUAGAGCCAGAGUUCUUGUACGUAAAAAAUACGAGGACGCAGCUGCUGCAGAUAGUACAACGCUGGCCAGUCUAGGCCUACUCGUCGUUCUAGAGAAAUGUAUGUGGUCAUUGGAAGAGCGAUUUGAAGCGCUUGAGGAGCUCGAUAUAAGGUCCUUCCAGUCAUUUUGCUCAAGUUUAAUCAAAGGAUCAAAAUACUUGAACCUUUUUAUUCAGGGGGAUGUGACUUUCAGUGAUAAGAUAAAUUCUCUUUUGAACAGCCGUCUUACUGGUCAUUUGGGGUCUAGUAUUCCUAAUGGGAUUCUUUUAGAACCGGAAACUGCAAAAAUGAAAGAAGGAACAAACGCAUUUAUAAAGCAAAAUGGACACAUUGAUGAUCCCAAUAAUAGCAUUGUGUAUUUUCUUCAAACUGGAGACAGAGACGAUAAGUACGCUUUCUUCAUGACCACUUUUACCGAUUUUCUAAUGUCAUUGACGUUGAUCCCAGAACUCAGGACGAGACGACAGAUUGGGUACGUCUUACUUGGUGGCAUACGCAUUCUGUCAAAUACAAUUGGGAUUCAUAUUACUUCCAUGUCAGAUGCUUCACCACAUACACUUGAAAAUAAAAUUGAUGAAUAUCUGGCGUAUUUGGAGGAAGACCUUCUUGCUGUCCUGAAGAAGGAGGAAUUUCAAAGUCGUUUCGUAGAGCCGUUUCAGAAAUUGGUAGAAACCGGACAACUGGGGAAAAUGAGUAAGACCUCUGGACCUGCCAAUCUGAUGAGCCGUAUCGAAGCUAACGUGCGCAGUGGUAACCUGCGGCAACUUGGGAGAUCUAUGAAAUCUCAUAAGAAACUGAAAAACCAGAUUACGUACCGCCGAUACAACUUCGAUGUGGAAGAGGAGCAGAUAGACACGAGCUUAAUUUCGAGCCUCACACUGGCGAGUUAUCUCGAGUUUUUCCGCACACGCAUCUCUGAACAAUCUCCCCGCCGCUGUAAAUUAUCUAUCAUGGUCUGCAGCACGAUGGACCCUCAUGAUAUAACAAACAAAAAUCUCUUCAUGCAAAUAGAUCACUUUCUUCGACACAAGGGCCUCCCCAUUCCAUCUUCAGAACUAUCAAAAAUUGUGAGCAAGGCAGAUGGAAAUUCUUCAACGAUUAUAAAAGAAUUGCUUCAAUACUUCGGCGCCAAAGGGAAGAGCUUGAAAUUAUGUAGCACAGUCAUGGUUGAGGCAUUCAAGAUCAUUUGCUCUAGUGCAAAAGCACAUCGCGUUAAAGCUUUGGAUAAUAACUCCAAAAAUGCCCCAUUAAUUCCAACACUUGAAUUAUCUAAUGCAAACUACUUUCGAAAUGUCUCAAAUAGCCUCACUUAG